AUGGCCGGGGGAAAGAAAAAAUCCGCCGCUAAUAAGCUUGCCAAAAUGAGUGACGAAGAAAGGGCUAGAUAUUUGCAACACAAGGCUGACAUGGAAGAGGAAGCUAAGAGAAGGAAAGAGCAAUUGAUCGCUACGUUUAUGAAGAAAAAAAUAAAAAAAGAGGAUGCAUUCUCGAGGCUGAAUUUGGCAAAAAUAAACCAAAACUGGCACCAAAUCCUUCGCAGGGCAAAAUGCCAAGAGAUGAAAGAAAACGUAGGGCACUUGAAAGAGUGGAUCGACCGGUUGCUUAACUUCAAGAAUCUCACCAUUUCAAAGCUAAUGGAAGAACUUGAGGAUGCCGAAGGACAGUACUCGAAUAACUUCCAAUACCACUCGACUCAUAUCGACAACAUUAUAGGUAAUAAAAAUAAUUUUAGUCAAAACUAUCAGGUACCUGUUAUUCCAGAAUACCAACACGAAUAUAUUGAAAAGCUUCAACAGCAGUACGAUAAAGAUUUGUGUGAUUUACUGGAAGCAACUUGCACUGAAAAUGAAUUACUUUCAAGAAAUGCUCAAAUAGAGCACGAACAUCUCAUGACUAUAUUGUAUGGACAACAAACGGAAGGAAAGAAGGUCUUGACAAAACAGUACGAGUGCUAUAUGGUGCAACUAUAUGAAACUGAACAUAAGUUCAAGGUGCAGCUUUCCCAAAAGCAGAAUUCCCGCGAGGCGAUGUGCGGGGCCCUCUGGCGGCAGCUAGCGACCGUUGUGCGGCUGUACGUGCAACAGACGGACUCCAGGCGGAUGCACCUCGCCGAGCUGCGGGGGCUCGACGCCGAGAGCGCCCUCGAAAUAGCUGAGAACGAGGAACGCAUGAAGCGACAGGAGAGCCUUAUAAAUCAGCUUGAAAAUGAUCACGACAAUAUGCUGUUCGACAGAGAAAAAACAAUAAAGACACUCGAAUUCGAAUUGGGAGACCUCGAAAAAUUCUUCCUGAGGAUGAAGAGAAACCUGCAGAAGGACCUCCAGACGGACGAGACGAAACUGUUUCUCCUUACAGACUGCGCGACAAGGAGCCUUCAUUAUUUGGAAACGUUGGCUAAGAAGGGGGAGCAGAUAAAGUAUCUGGCGAAUGCCUGCAAGAGAUUCGAAACGGAGAGGGAGAAGGUGUCCAAGUGGCUGCCCAUAACCCGGGGGAUCGCGAAACACGACGAGGACGACGAGGAGUUCAAGAGAAGCGUUAAAAUCGUCUCAGAGCAACUGAAGGACAUCGAAAAUGUGGAAGCUACGUUUUACUCCAUACAGGACUGUGCCUUGCCCCUCCUGGGUCGCGCGUCGCGGAAAAAAUCAUCGGGAAGGCCGAAAACCGCGAUUUCGGACCCAUUCCUCAGGUCCGCCCACACGAUAUCCUCGGCCACCCCCGAUUCCAGACGCGUCACCACCGCAAACGCCGUCACUAUUCACACCAAGGGAUCUCGAGAAUUUCCCUCGUCCAGCAGUUCCCAGAGCGAACCGUCCGCCGCCAGCGAGGAAUCCACGAAAGACAUACUGGAGAGGUGUUUCGAGUCGUUGAAGGGCAUGGAGAACUUCUGGUUCGUGUUCAACAAGGCCGAGAUGGACCGUCUGGAGAUUAAGGAAGAGAAGCGGAUCCUGGAGAGGGAGAACAAGGAACUGAGGGGAGCGAUCAGGGCCGUGCUGGAGGCGGCCGCCCUGUCUCAGAGCAUCCCGAACAGCAGGGCCUCCACCAGGUUGCCGUCGAGGAGGAGGGCAGCCAAUUCCGCGCCGCUCAGGCGCGUCGUGUUUAACUGA